GAGAGAUGUGUGAAUUGUGGUUGUGCUCUGUUUCCAGUGUCACUCAUUCUGCUGGAUAGCUUAAGCUUGACCCUUGGAGAGGACAAAAAUGAAAGGUGUUUGGGUCAUGAGAAAUUUGGGCCUGAACUAGGUGCACCUUGCCAGGUCCCUUAUAUAUGUCACAUUUUUUUAGAGCAACUUAUAAUUUUUAAAAUAAACAAAAUGAAUGUGUUUUUAAGGGUUUGGCGAGGAUAUUGUAUCUCAUCUACGAGAUUAUAUUGUUUACUUUUAAAAAAUUAACAUAAAAUUUAUGCAUGCUACGUCAUUAUAUGCAUCUUGUUAAGUAAUGUAUUCAAUUACACACAGUUACAUAUACAAACUUAUUAAUUAACUACCCCAAUUUUUGAGAGUUCAUCCAAAAAAAAAAAAAAAGCCACCCCUGCAUGGCGCACUCUCCCGCUCCCACUCACUUCUCCUCCCUUCCCCCGGCCUAUAUAUACUCCCCAGACGUAGGAUUCGCGAUUAUCCCUCCACCUUCUUUGCUUCAUCGUCUAGGGUUUCAAAUCCCUAUCGAUCGAUCGAGCAAUCGCCCUCUUCUUCUUCUUCUUCUUCUUCUUCCUCCUCCUCCUCCUCCUCCUCCUCCUCGCGAGGUUGCAUGCCGAUCAUCCAUGGCGAGGAGGGCGAAAUCGGAAGCGACGCGGCCCGACGAGGUACAUCAGACGCUGUAUUCAACGCUUUCGCUCACGCAGCUCUACUAAAGCGCCAUGAACCAGCAGAGGCGCUCCUUGCAAGCCGGAGAGCGCCAUGGCUUGGAGAAGCUUUAAAAAGGGAUCCUGAAAAAGCUUCAGGAAGGCUCGCUAUUGACUACAGCAGAUGUAGUAGCUCAUAUUCAGGGAUCGAGGGGUCCUUCAUAAUGAAGAGAGCAAAGCAACAUCCCUUCUUCGGAGAUGCUUUAGGCCUCUCAACAUGUCCGAACGGUUGGAGCCAUACACAGCAUUCUGCUUCAGCCGCAGGCCCUAGAUACUUCUUGGCCACUCGGCGGUCGACUGAUGACAUGACCAAUGCUGAACCCCCUUGACGGAUAAAGCUGUGGCAUUCCCAGUCCAUGUCCGAACUUUUUGAAUCAAAUGACUCGUCCUAAAAGAGAAAUGCCAAUGCUGCAUGCAACUCCCAAAAGCACAUGUACCAAUUAACUUCCACCAAUAUGAGAAAAUUAUUCAUAAAUUGUUGAUAUUGAGGAUUCCUUAAGAAACAUGCAAUGGGGAUAUUGUGUAAUACAAUGGUGACAUCUACGAAUAUGUGGGAAACAUGCAAUGCACUCUCUAACCAUAAUCUUCAUCAGACGAAUUUAGUGAGUGUACUACCAUCUUAUCUUGGCAUCAUUUUAUAUUAGAAAAUGCUGCUUAUACAGUUAUUGGAAUAUAAAUGUUACAGUCAACGUCCAAUAAUGGAGAGUAAAAAGAAAAAAAAAAUUAACAAAAGUAAAUAUAAGUCACAAAAAAAAAUUAGAAUAUAAGCUUUACAUUUUAGUUAUAAAAUGUAUGGAUACUAUUAUAUUUUUUGUUUCUUUAUCUUAGCCAAUAGCCACUAUGUGAUAAGACCGAAAAAGAGGGGGCUUCAAUCUCCCACCCAAUCAAGCAUGAUACCAUUUGAAUGAGCCCCACGCUUUUAACUCCCUCGUCUCCUAAGCUUCUGUUAUAAGUAGCAUUAGAAUUUAGACAUCCCACCUCACCAUCACCAACGGAGUGGGCCCCGCUCCUUUGUCUUCUUCUUCUUCUUUGUCCUUCCUUUCAUCACCUCCUUUCGUUCUCGCACGUGCGGUUCACCAAGCCGGUCCAUUUCGCCGUACAAAUCCAACGGCUGGAUAAAAAUCAGCUUGUAAUAUUUGGCUGGUAAUACUAAAAAUAAAAAUAUGUGUUGCAUUCAAUCUCCGAAUUGUUUUUACAAAAUAAAAUAAAUAACAGUAUAAAUAAAUUUGUCUGACCAAUUAAUAGUUGUCAAAAUCUCAUAAAAUACUUUAACAUCCAACUUC